UCUCUAAUAAUAUAUAUUCAUAUCUAUCUUCACAACAUGAAGGAGUAGAAGAAGAAAACCAUGAGAAUAACAAAGAGUAGUUAGUGAAGAAGAAAAGGAUUGGAGAGAAAUUAAAGAAAAGAUGGAGGGGGACAUAGCAAACUUACCGAGAAGCAUAAGCAGGAGCAGGAGCAGGGCGAGUUGGAGGGAUGAAGUGUUUGCGAGCGGCCGCUACUCGCGGCGGACGAUGAGCGUCAACCAAGACGAAGAGGCUCUCAUUUGGGCUGCCAUAGAGAGGCUGCCCACCUAUGACAGGCUAAGGACAAGUAUUUUCCAGACUGCUUUAGACACCUCCGCCGAUGACGCUGCCGCUGCCGCCGCUGCCGCAAGGUUGGAGCGCAGGGAGGUUGAUGUGAGGAAGCUUGAUAUGAAUGAGAGACAACAGAUCGUUGACAAGAUCUUCAAGGUUGCUGAAGAAGAUAACGAGAAGUAUUUGAUCAAGUUCAGAAACAGACUUGAAAAGGUUGGAAUCAGGCUUCCAACAGUGGAAGUGAGGUUUCAGAAUUUGACAAUUGAGGCUGAUUGCUAUGUUGGAAGCAGAGCCCUCCCAACACUACCAAAUGUUGCAUUGAACAUUCUGGAAGCUGGCCUCGGUAUCUUUGGGGUUAGUACUACAAAAAGAAGAAGGCUCACUAUUCUUAAAAAUGUCAAUGGCAUUGUUAAACCUUCCAGGAUGGCCCUUUUGCUUGGUCCACCUUCUUCAGGGAAAACCACUCUUUUACUUGCAUUGGCUGCAAAAUUGGACCCUGAGUUGAAGGUGGAAGGAGAAGUUACUUACAAUGGAUACAAGACUAAAGAGUUUGUACCAAGAAAGACUUCAGCAUACAUCAGCCAAAAUGAUGUACAUUUGGGUGAAAUGACUGUCAAAGAAACUUUCGAUUUCUCGGCUAGAUGCCAGGGGGUUGGAACUCGAUAUGACUUAUUAGCCGAGCUUGCUAGAAGGGAAAAGGAUGCUGGCAUAUUUCCAGAGGCAGAACUUGAUCUUUUCAUGAAGGCUACAGCAAUGGAAGGAAUGAAAAGUAAUCUAAUUACCGACUACACUCUCAAAAUACUGGGGCUUGAUAUUUGCAAAGAUACCGUUGUUGGUGACGAUAUGCGCAGAGGUAUAUCUGGUGGACAAAGGAAGCGUGUAACAACAGGAGAAAUGAUUGUUGGGCCAACGAAAACACUUUUCAUGGAUGAAAUAUCAACUGGUCUUGAUAGUUCUACAACAUAUCAGAUAGUGAAAUGCUUGCAGCAAGUUGUGCAUAUCACUGAAGCAACCAUCCUCAUGUCCCUCCUUCAACCUGCUCCAGAGACAUUCGAACUCUUUGAUGAUAUCUUCUUAAUUGCAGAGGGUCAAGUUGUUUAUCAAGGUCCACGUGAGCAUAUUGUUGAAUUCUUUGAGUCAUGUGGGUUUAGAUGCCCUGAGAGAAAAGGAACUGCUGAUUUCUUACAAGAGGUUACCUCAAAGAAGGAUCAAGAACAAUAUUGGGCAGACAAACACAGACCAUAUAGAUAUGUAACAGUGACUGAGUUUGCAAACAAGUUCAAGCAAUUCCAUGUCGGAAUGCAACUCGAGCGAGAACUAGCUGUUCCAUUCGACAAGUCAGCAGGGCAUAGAGCAGCUCUUGUUUUCAAGAAGUACACAGUUCCAAGAAUGAAGCUUCUCAAGGCAUGUUGGGACAAGGAGUGGCUAUUGAUCAAGAGGAAUGCUUUUGUCUAUAUCUUCAAAACCGGUCAAAUAGUCAUUCUUUCAAUCAUAUCUGCAACUGUCUUCUUAAGAACACAUAUGCACCAGAGGAAUGUAACUGAUGGAACUCUUUACAUUGGUGGAAUCUUGUUCACAUUGAUCAUGAACAUGUUCAAUGGAUUUGCUGAGCUGUCACUCACCAUUGCAAGGCUACCAACCUUCUACAAGCACAGAGACCACCUUUUUCAUCCUACUUGGGCUUAUACACUCCCUAAUUUCCUCCUAAGACUCCCCAUUUCUAUUGUUGAGACUGUUGUUUGGGUUGGUAUUACAUACUACACCAUAGGAUUUGCACCUGAAGCUAGCAGGUUCUUCAAGCACUUGCUAUUGACCUUUGUUGUUCAACAAAUGGCAGCUGGGUUGUUCAGGCUCAUCUCAGGAGUGUGUAGAACAAUGAUUAUUGCUUUUACUGGUGGACCUAUGAUGUUGCUUAUUCUAUUUUUACUUGGUGGUUUUAUCCUUCCCAAACGUGACAUUCCCAAUUGGUGGGUAUGGGGAUACUGGAUUUCACCUCUGGCAUAUGCUUUCAAUGCAUAUUCUGCAAAUGAAAUGCUUGCUCCAAGGUGGAAUCAUCCAACUCCAGAUGGUUCUCCCACAAUUGGUGAAGCCGUAUUAAACACCUUUGAUGCUCCUAAACACGCAUAUUGGUAUUGGAUUGGUUUAGGAGCUCUUCUUGGUUUCACAGUUUUGUUCAAUUUUCUCUUCACCCUUUCACUAAUUUACCUUGAUCCCAUUGGAAAGAAACAAGGAAUCAUAGAAGAUGAAAGUGAAAUGGAGGUUGGGGGAGACUCUAGAGAAGAACCAAGACUCGCCACGAGGCCUGAUCCUAGAAGAGAAGUGGCAAUGCAGCGAAUGAUGAGCAGCCAAAGCGAUGCUAGUGCUUCUGGAAACAUUGAGUCAGCCACUGGAGUUGCCCCAAAGAGAGGAAUGGUUCUACCUUUUCAACCACUUGCUAUGUCUUUUGAUAGUGUGAACUACUUUGUAGACAUGCCACUAGAAAUGAGAGACCAAGGAGCAACCGAAGAUCGGCUGCAACUGCUUAGGGAGGUAACUGGUGCCUUUAGGCCAGGUGUUCUAACUGCUCUGAUGGGAGUUAGUGGAGCUGGAAAAACAACUUUGAUGGAUGUCUUAGCCGGAAGAAAGACUGGUGGAUAUGUUGAAGGAGAUAUUCGAAUCUCCGGAUUCCCUAAGAAUCAAGAAACCUUUGCUAGAAUUUCUGGCUACUGUGAACAAACUGAUAUCCAUUCACCUCAAGUUACUAUCCAUGAAUCUUUGAUUUACUCAGCCUUCCUUCGGUUACCUAAAGAAGUCAGUCAUGACGAAAAGAUGAAAUUUGUGGAGGAAGUAAUGGACUUGGUGGAGCUGAAUAGUCUCAAGGAUGCAAUAGUUGGGCUUCCAGGAGUUACAGGGUUGUCAACUGAACAGAGAAAGAGGCUAACAAUAGCAGUUGAACUUGUUGCUAAUCCUUCAAUCAUUUUCAUGGAUGAGCCUACAUCAGGUCUCGACGCAAGAGCGGCCGCCAUUGUUAUGCGAACCGUGAGAAACACAGUUGACACAGGAAGAACAGUUGUGUGCACAAUUCACCAGCCUAGCAUUGAUAUCUUUGAAGCCUUUGAUGAGUUGCUAUUGAUGAAAAGAGGAGGACAAGUGAUCUAUGCAGGACCAUUAGGAAGAAAUUCCCACAAGAUUAUUGAAUAUUUUGAGGCAAUUGAAGGGGUACCAAAGAUUAAGGAAAUGUACAACCCUGCAACAUGGAUGUUGGAAGUAAGCUCCAUAGCAGCCGAAGUUCGCCUUGGAAUGGACUUUGCUGAUUACUACAAAUCAUCUUCCUUGUAUCAGCGAAACAAAGCUCUUGUAAAUGAGUUAAGCACACCUCCUCCCGGAGCAAAUGAUCUAUACUUCCCAACUCAGUAUUCUCAAUCAAUAUGGGGGCAAUUCACAUCUUGUGUAUGGAAGCAGUGGAUCACUUACUGGAGGAGUCCAGAUUAUAACCUUGUCAGAUUCUUCUUCACAUUGGUCACAGCUCUCAUGGUGGGGACAAUAUUUUGGAGAGUUGGCACAAAAAGAAAUUCAUCUGGUGACUUGAGCAAGAUUCUUGGAGCAAUGUUUGGUGCUGUUAUGUUUGUUGGUAUCAACAACUGUCAAACUGUUCAGCCUGUAGUAGCUGUCGAAAGAACAGUGUUUUAUAGAGAAAGAGCUGCUGGAAUGUACUCAGCUUUGCCUUAUGCCAUUGCACAGAUGCUUUGUGAAAUACCAUAUGUGUUUGUUCAAACUUCAUACUAUGUAGUGCUAGUGUAUGCUAUGGUGAGCUUUGAAUGGAAAGUAGAGAAGUUCUUUUGGUUCUUCUUCAUCAGCUUCUUCUCCUUUUUGUACUUCACAUAUUAUGGCAUGAUGACUGUCUCCAUCACACCAAACCAACAAGUUGCAUCAAUCUUCGCCGCCGCGUUCUAUGGCAUCUUCAAUCUCUUCUCUGGUUUCUUCAUUCCUAGACCAAAAAUUCCAAAAUGGUGGGUAUGGUACUAUUGGAUUUGCCCAGUGGCAUGGACAGUGUAUGGAUUAAUUGUGUCACAAUAUAGAGAUGUAACAAAAGUUAUCAAUAUUGUUGGAACGGGGACUAAUGUUACUAUUAAACAGUACAUUGAAGACGAAUAUGGAUUCAAGUCAGAUUUUUUGGGGCCAGUUGCUGGAGUUUUAGUUGCCUUCACUCUCUUCUUUGCCUUUAUAUUUGCCUUCUGCAUCAAAACAUUGAACUUCCAAAACAGAUAGAAAUGCCAGGUUUUGGAGGAUCAUUAGUAAUAGAGAUACAGUGUAAAUCAUGUUGUAAUUCUUGUAAUAAUGUUUGUUUGUUUGCUACCACUUCAAACAAUAAAUUACUCGCUUUUUAUUUUGCA